UUUACAUAUAAACAUCACCAUCUUCUCCAUAUUUCUUUCUCUCUGCACCUUACUAUAUUUAAUUAUUUCUCUCUACUGUGUCUUCUCUUUUCACACUCCUCCACUAUUUCAUCUCCAGUAAUUUAUACUGCAUCCAACAGUACCAAUUUCAUCUCUCUCUUUAUUCACAUAUAAUAUACAAUCUCUGUCUAUCAUUUUCUUUAGCUUUCUUUUUACACAGUUGCACACACUUUUCAAUCUAUCCAUCUCCAUUUUUUUAUAAUCUUUCCUUUUCUUUCUUCGAAUAUAUAUAUACACAGACAUACAGAGAAGAAAAAAGCUUUUUUUGUUGAGAAAAAAUGGCGUUUCACCAUAACUUAUCUCACCAAGAACUCCCACUUCACCAUUUCAGAAACCAAACUCAGUCCCAAACCCAACAAAACAUGGAAGAAACCACCACUUCUCCGCCGCCGAAUUGGCUGAACACAGCUCUUCUCCGUACACAACAACCGCAGCAGCAUCAUUUCACCGAUCAUACUAACAACUUUCUAAAUCUUCAUACAGCUUCUGCUACUACAAACUCCGACUCCUCACAAAACCCAACUCAAUGGUUAUCUCGUAAUUCGUCUUCAAUUUAUAACCGAAAUCACAGUGAUGUUAUUGAUGACGUGUCACAUGCUGUAACGGUAACUGCUGCUGAUUCUUUAGUGGCCGGUACUAUCUCUCAAGAGUCUGCUGAUUUGAAGAAUAAUAUUAAUAACAACAGUGAGACUAUGAAUAAUAACAAGAGUGAAGGAGGGGAGAGUGGCAGCGGCGGCGGUGGAGAUGGGAUAAUGAAUUGGCAAAAUGCAAGAUGUAAAGCUGAUAUUUUGAGUCAUCCAUUGUAUGAUCAGCUGUUAUCAGCUCAUGUAGCUUGUUUACGGAUCGCUACUCCGGUCGAUCAGUUGCCGAGAAUUGAUGCUCAGCUUGCUCAGUCUCAGCAUGUUGUGACUAAAUAUUCAGCUCUUGGUCAGGGUUUGGUUGGUGAUGAUAAGGAGCUUGAUCAGUUCAUGGCACAUUAUUUUCUAUUGCUUUGUCAAUUUAAAGAACAACUGCAACAACAUGUUCGAGUCCAUGCUAUGGAAGCAGUAAUGGCCUGCUGGGAGAUUGAGCAAUCUUUACAAAGCUUAACAGGAGUUUCUCCUGGAGAAGGUACAGGUGCAACAAUGUCCGACGAUGAGGAUGACCAAGUAGAUAGUGAUGUUAAUUUGUUUGAUCCAAGUAUGGACGGUGGAGAUACAAUGGGAUUUGGUCCGCUUAUCCCAACAGAAACCGAGAGGUCGUUAAUGGAGCGGGUGAGGCAUGAGCUGAAGCAUGAACUAAAGCAGGGUUACAAAGAGAAAAUUGCUGAUAUUAGAGAAGAAAUUAUGCGUAAGAGAAGAGCAGGAAAGCUACCAGGGGACACUACCUCUGUCUUAAAACAAUGGUGGCAAUCACAUUCAAAAUGGCCAUAUCCUACUGAGGAAGAUAAAGCAAGAUUAGUACAGGAAACAGGAUUGCAAUUAAAGCAGAUUAAUAAUUGGUUUAUUAAUCAGAGAAAGAGGAAUUGGCAUAGCAAUCCUUCAACUUCAACAGUCUUGAAAAGUAAACGCAAAAGAAGUAAUGCAGGUGAUAACAGCAGCGAUCGGUUCGCGUAAAUCGAAGAACAAUCGAGUAAUCGGCACGAAUUUCACUCGAUCAACAGUAGAUACUGCAUUGACAGAAGAUAAAAAGGCUAACAAAGAGGAUGAUGAUCAGGAAGAAUGCGAUCUUGCAGACUUAUUAAGAAUUUCAAAGAAAAUAUAAUUAGUGAAAUUGAAUGUAGAUAGAAGCAAAAUAUAUGGAUUUUGCAGGUUUAUUUAUAUUUGUGAAUAAGAUCAAUAGGGAGAGGUGGUUAAGGGGUGUAUAUACAGUGUAAUAGUAUAAUAUUUUUUAUGCUUAGUUACUGAUUGCUAUAAGAUUAUAGCUUUCUUUUUUUGCAUCCGUAGAAUUGAACAGCAACUGUAUGGAAUGUAAAAUUUAUAAUUAAUGUUGUUGAAUAGCCA